AUGGAAGCACAUCAUUUAUUUUGUGCUUCAGAAAAAGAUCAUCUUGAUAUCAUUAAAUAUCUUAUUUCAAUUGGAGCCAACUUUGAAUCCAAGAAUGAUAAGGGAUACCCACCACUCUUAUUUGGAUCAAGAAAUGGCAAUUUUGAUAUAGUCAAACAAUUAAUCACAAUUGGAGCUAAUAAGACAGAAAUUAAUUGCAAUGGAGAAAAUUCACUCAUUUUGUCUGCAGCUGAAGGCCAUCUUGAGUUGGUAAAAUAUUUUAUCUCCAUUGGUGGUAAUGUUGAAACAAAAGAUAAUAAAGGAAGAACUCCUCUAAUUAGUGCAUCAGCAUGUAGCCAUCUCAAUGUAGUUAAAUAUCUUAUCUCUAUUGGAGCCAAUAAAGAAGCAAAAGAUAUUCAUGGAAGAACUCCCCUUAUUUGUUCUUCAAGAAAUGGUCAUCUUGAUGUAGUUAAAUAUCUUAUUUCUUCAGGAGCUGAUAAAAUAGCAUACGAUCUAAGAGGAAAUGAUUCAUAUGCUACUUCACAUGAGAAUGUAAGAAAAUUCUUUUGCUCAAUAGGGCUUACUGCUGAGGCCACAUUUCGCCGACAGGUUUUAGAAGCAUUUAAAAAAUAA